AUGCCUGGGCUGCAGAAGACGGAGGAGGAGGAGGAGGAGAAGAAGAGUCCGGAUGGAGGAGCAGGGAAAGAAAGAGGAGCUCCAAACGGAGGGAGACCCGAUAAAAGUAAAGAGGUGAGACCCUCCUGACUGUUUCUCUGAGUGUCUUUGUCUUCUGACUGUAGAGGACAUGUCUCUGUCCUCCUGUCUGCAGUAAACUGAUGGACUCUUGUCCUCAUAAAACUCUGAAUAACAGACUGUGACGCUCCUCACUUCAGACUCUUUUCUAACUGGAGGUGCACCGAUCACAACGUUCUGGCCGAUCACCGAUCUUUAAAAAGCUUCACCUGCCGAUACCGAUUUUUUAAAAAAUAACUAACAACAUUUAAUCCUAUUUUAAUGAAAAACAUUAAACAAUACUUGUAAAACAACACAAACUUUUGUGUUUGUUUCACAUGAGUUCGUUCUCUCAAAUAUACAUGAAAGGUCAGAAGAUUUCCGUCCAAACGACGAAAUUAAAUCAGUUUCUUUAGUCUUUUAUUUUCCACAUUUGAAAUAUUUACAAUAUUUGGUCACAUGCAGGUCAGACUGUUCUGAGCCUCUUACCAAAAUAAAGUUCACAGCAGUAUUUUACUUUGAUAAAUAAAGGAAAUCAUAAAGUUUGAGGAAGUUCAUAAAAUAAUCAUCUACAGGACAAACUAACAACUUUAACCACCAAUAAACUGUCCGGAGUUUUAGGUUUCAACAUGCUCUAUUGAUCAUGGUCUGGAUGGCGCUGACACAUGCGUGCAUGCACACCUGACCUGGUGGGCGGGGCCUGUCAUUCUGGCAAAGCAAAAAGCUACAAUGGCUGACCUUUUCUGAGGAAGAAAAGAUCGGAGGAUAAAAUCGGUUUUAUGUGUAAGAAUCAGCCGAUCACUGAUCCCCCAAAACUGAGAAAAACAACGCCGAUUGAUUAUCUCGUCCACUCAUGGCACUUUUUCCCUCCUUUUGGACAUUAAACAGUUAAAAUUAAAAGGAAACGACUUUAAUUUCAUGUUUUCUCCUAUUUUGAUGACAAGGACUUUUUCUUGGGUUUAUAAUUUGAGGUAAAAAUCACCCGAUGGUGAUGGUGUUCCUCAUUUUAGCGAUAGUGUUCGAGGGUUAAAGGUGGACUGAGGAGAGAACUGUCCUGAGGUCUGAUGGAUCAACAUCUGACCUUCUUUUGGAAAGGACAACUGGACUUCACCUUUCAACAAAGAAUUAGAAAUCCUAGAUGCUGCAUCCUCAGUUUUAAACAAGAUCUCCAGGUUUAGGAGCAACAUCUGCGUCCAUCCAGACCUGGACUUUUUCAGAGGAGACCUUCAUAUGAUCCCAGACCACAUUCAGACAACAGGAGAAGAGUCCUGCUGAGGGGCUGGACUGAUGCGGUCCUGACUCUCCUCUUCAUCAGUUUGUCCCUCACAGCGAUGAAGAAGCUCUAACUGUGUCUGUUUGUCUUGCAGGAUUUCGACCUGGCCUUCAUCUACGUCUCAGACGCUCAGUACAACAGGAACAUCUUCUUCGACACGUCGCCGCAGUCGGUCAGGUGAGAAACGUCUUCAUUCAGAAAAGUUCUUCUUCCUCUCUCUGUAACGCGGCGCUCCUUCACUUUAGUUCUCAGUCUUUGCCUUUUAAAAUAUUUCAAAUCCUUUUAAAUUAUAAUAAACUUUCUCUUUUUUCACACCGGCUCUGGAUGUUGAUGGUGAAAUGUUCCUAUGAGAGCGGAGAACAAACCCGGUGGACCCUCGACUCUUUAGAGAGGAGGGUUCAGAGUCCAGGAUUUCCAGAAGGACUGUCAGAUUCUGAUCGGCCCGGCUAAAAGCGAGCUAACGCUACCAUUAGCCAAUCAGAGCUUACUUAGUUAGUUACGUACGCUUUUAGUGCUAACUCAGCUACCUUUGCCGGUAGCUGUAGCUUUGUGGCCAGGAGCAGGUGUCAUCAGGUGGUCCACAACCAUCACUGAGUGUUUCGGCCCUCAACCACAACACUCUCCAGCAGACGGGCCGGUAGUCGGCAGUGAUUGGCCGAGCUCACUGCCCACCUACUCCUGGCCUCCAGCCUUCCUCCUCUCGCCGACUUAGCUGGGAAGCCCCUGUACCCAAUCUCCACCGGGAACAACCAUGCCUGCCAGCCCUUGUCCCUGCGGUCUUGGAUCAGGGGUUGGUAUUUUGAGGCCUUCCUCUCAUGGCACAGUUAGUUCAACCAGAAUUAUCUCCUGGUCUUUGGUUGACCACAGCACAAUGUCUGGCCGGAGGGUUGUUUGGACCACCUCCGGGAACUGCAGUCUCCUUCCCACGUCGACCCUCGCUCAGGCUCAUCACGACCCCGAACUUUUCCACCUUGAACUCCUCCAUGACCGAUGAUGAUGUAAACGCCCACUGAAGAGAAACUUGAGGGAAUGCCCAGACGUCUUCUUAGAUGUUUGUUGGUCUUUCUCUCGAUGGUCUCUACAGCAGUCUUGGGGAACUCGUAGACAGUGGAGAGCCAGAGGAGCCUGGGUCAAAGGUCACACUGAUACAGGCAGGUCUUCAACUUGCCCAGAAGUAAAGAUUUGUCCAUCUUCUUAAGCCACGCCCCGUCUGCAGUGAUGCGUUAAACCACUCCCCCAGGCGUUUUAUUGGGUUGUCUUCGAUGGAUGGAAUGACCUCACCCUGAACCUGCUGGUAACUCCGCCCUUCUUUAUGACCAAGCUCCUGGACUUCCUGGAUUUGAGCAGCAUUCCUGCCCAUGAGGCAACGCUGCCCAGGGCUCCCAGGAGCCGUCUUGAUUGGACGUGGGUCACAGUUGUUAUGGUUACUGAACAAACACAGAACCAAUGAUCUCCAGGAAACAACCGAGGGUCGGUUAUUUCCUGUUGGACCAUCAACACCUGAUGACCCGACCAGAACUGGGUCUGAACGAGCAGGACCGCCCUGUAACUGUGUGUGUGUGUGUGUUUGCAGACUCUACAUCCUCUAUAACCACUGGGUCGCUCAGGUUCUCCUCUACUUCUUCAUCCUGGUCGAUCUGUCUCUCGCCAUCUUUGAGGAGCCGGCCGUCGUAGCCACGCCCAUAUGGGUAAGACGAACGCCGCUGCCCGACGCACAAACAGGCGGGUGAAAACUCCUGUGUGGUCAGAACCAGUCUGAACCGGUUACGUCCAUGUGUGUGUGUGUGUGUGUGUGUGUGUGUGUGUGUGUGUGUGUGCGUUCAGGCGACCAUGCUGGUGGAGCUGCUCUGUCUGCUCGUCUUCACCGUCCGACUCGUUCACUACGCCAAAGUCAUCCCGAGGGACAAGUUCUGGAAAGAUGCCAAAAACAUCUGCAUCAUCGUCAUCCUCAUGGUAGGAGGGGCUUAUCCAUGACAUCAUCACUGUGAUUGACAUUUCAAUUGUGAAGCAGCUGAUCGAUGACGAGGGCUAAUUAACGAUGCUGUUCAUGUGGGAGGGGCUUACUAGGGUUAUGAUUAUGGGCGGGGUCAAUUGGCUCCCUCCAAAUUGAGCUUUUUUUCUCAGCGACACGUUUGAUCGUAAAAAAACGACAAAAAAAAAAUAGAAUCUUUGGCAAAAAUGGGCGUAAUUUUAUCACAGUAGGAGGGGCUUAUUGACCAUUUUGCCUAAGUGGGAGGGGCUUAUCAAUCAUAUUAUCACAGUAGGAGGGGCUUAUUGAUUGUAUUGUCAUAGGAGGAGGGGCUUAUUGAUCGUAUUAUCACAGUAGGAGGGGCUUAUUGACCAUUUUGCCUAAGUGGGAGGGGCUUAUUGAUUGUUUUAUCACAGGAGGAGGAGCUUAUUGAUCGUAUUGUCAUAGUAGGAGGGGCUUAUUGAUUGUUUCAUCACAGUAGGAGGGGCUUAUUGAUCGUAUUAUCACAGUAGGAGGGGCUUAUUGAUUGUAUUGUCAUAGUAGGAGGGGCUUAUUGAUCAUUUUGUCAUAGUAGGAGGGGCUUAUUGAUCGUUUUAUCGCAGUAGGAGGGGCUUAUUGAUCGCUUUAUCACAGUAGGAGGGGCUUAUUGAUCGUUUUAUCGCAGUAGGAGGGGCUUAUUGAUUGUUUUAUCACAGUAGGAGGGGCUUAUUGAUUGUUUUAUCGCAGUAGGAGGGGCUUAUUGAUCGUUUUAUCACAGUAGGAGGUGUUUUUCUCUCUGGAGUGAGCAGUUUUCAGUCGACCAAUCAGAAGACUGCAGAUCAAGUCUGGCGUGUGUUUCUGCUCCAGUUUAUUACGGUCCUGGUCUGUGUGGUUCGGGUCUGUGUGGUUCAGGUUCAGGUGUUUUUAGGUGUUUUCUGUCCUGGUGGUCUGGGACUGGGCUCCUGGUUUUGACAGUCUGCAGUGUUUGCUGGGAGCUGGUCUGAGUUCCUGUUGGUCAGAAUUUGCUGAGGAGACUUUCCUCCUGCUGUUGUGAAACAACCUUUAGCCCAACAUGUCGCCUCGUCAGCACGUUUACAGCAGAGAGACUUCCUGGUGACUCAGAGAGGCAGGCGACCAAUCAGCUCAGGAAACACGGAGGGAAAACAGCGGACAAAACUCAGCAGCACGUGAUCCUGACGGCCAGUUUAUGAGCAGAAUCAGGAGGAGAGAGGAAGAGCUCACCUGUGCAGGUGUCCCAGCAGAGGGUCAGAGGUCAAAUAUCACAUUUUAACAAACGUUCAGGUUUACUGCACGAUAAAAUUAAAGAACAGACAGAAAAACAUCAGGAGGAAAUAAAUAAAAGCAGGUAAAAAAAAAACAUUUAAACUGGAAUAAAAACACAAAAGUGAUAAAAGGACAAAAAAAGACAUAAAAAGACAUAAAAAGACAUAAAAAGACAUAAAGGACAAAAAGGACAUAAAAAGACAUAAAAAGACAUAAAAAGACAUAAAGGACAGCGAUCAGACGACUCUCCUGCUGAACUAAAAGGAUAAAAAUGAGUUUAAAGACGAGAUUUAAAGGUGGAGAGAGUCGGGACGUUUUCACCACGUCAGAUUUUUACGACUCCAUAACCCGUGACUCCUCCUUCUGCUCCUUAUUUACCGUUCAGACUUCCUGUAUGACACGGCGAUGCAGGACAGAGGCGUUCCUGAUGGAUUUUAGGUCAUUAGUUUGUGCAGCAGGUCUGGUAAAGGUGCGCAGGUGUUCAGAUCCAGGUGUUCAGAUCCAGGUGUUCAGAUCCAGGUGUUCAGAUCCAGGUGUUCAGAGGGAGGGUUCGUUUCCUCACGGGUUCAUGUCUGAUGAAGAGCGGCGCCCUGACGCGUCACGUCUAAAGACUCGGCUCCUCCAGGUGUGCAGACCUCACCUGUCCAGGUGUGUGCAGCAGGUGAGCCUCAGUUUCCUGUCUCUACAGCUGACUCUGGUCGACAUCAUCAUCUACGGAGCGCUGAAAGCUGCUGACUGCUACGCCGUUCGCUGGUCCAGAGUCCUGCGCCCGCUGCUGCUGGUCAACGUCACGGAGGGACGGCAGGUAACACCCACCUGUGUGACACAACAGAUGGUCUCAGAGGGUCUGUGUGUGUGUGUGUGUGUGUGUGUGUGUGUGUGUGUGUGUGUGUGUGUGUGAGUGUGUGUGUGAGUGUGUGAGUGUGUGUGUGAGUGUGUGAGUGUGUGUGUGUGUGUGUCUUCGCUGUAAUCGCUGCAUCAUGUCCACCGCUGUUUAAACUUCCUGCUUCCUGCUAAACAUGAAAAUGUUUGACUCUGUGAGCCGACGGCGCCUGAACGCAUCAUUAGCUGGCCUGUGUGUGUGUGUGUGUGUGUGUGUGUGUGUGUGUGUGUGUGUGUGUGUGUGUUCUGAAGGAGGAUGAGCAGCUUCAUAAACUCUCUUUGUUUGUUUGUUUGUUUGUUUGUUUGUUUGUUUGUUUGUUUGUUUGUUUGUUUGUUCGUUUGUUUGUUUGUUUGUUUGUUCGUUUGUUUGUUUGUUUGUUUGUUUGUUUGUUCGUUCGUUCGUUCGUUUGUGUUCAGCUCCGCAGAGCGUUCAGAAGUAUCCGGAACGCUCUUCCUCAGAUCUUCUACGUCUUCCUGCUCUUCAUGUUCAGCGUCCUCAUCUUCUCCCUCAUGGCGCUCAAACUGCUCGGUAAACGGUGAGAACGCUUUAACCCUUUAUGGUCUGGUGGUUCUGACCCCGCUGACGUGACGUGAGUCUGGAGGAGAUGAUGGUCCGUCUGAUGGACCCUGAAAUACGAUCAUGUCUGAUGGUCUUUGUUUUCUGUGCAGAGGUCUGAAGACCACAGAAGGAACCCCCUACUUCACAAACUACAUGGAGAUCGUCUUUGAGCUCUACGUCCUCGUCACCACGGCCAACAGUCCCGACGUCAUGUAAGACCUUCACCGCUCCUCUCAGAUCCAGUCUGCUUUUGAUUGAUUGUUGAAGUGAAAAAAAUAAAAACAACAACAUUAAGGAAAAACAUUUAAACAUUUAAACACAGAAACGUGUUUGAAAAGGAGUGAGAAGAAGAAGAAGAAGUUCUGAACUCCCCUUUAAAUAAGAAGUACCACACCGAGCUUCCUUAGACGUACCUGAUAAUUAAAGGUAAAUAAAAUACGUUCAUGAGUUAAAAACAGAAUCUACAUCCACUAAACAAACACGCACAGAAAAACAACUAAACUAAAUUAGACACGUUUGGUGUGACGUAUAAAAGAAAACAGCGGAAUAUCUCUUUAACCGAGCGUCUGAGAAAAAACUCCAAGAGCGCAGAAUCGCAAGCGCAGACAUUCUUGGCGCUCUGUAGGGGGCGCUAGUGAGACAUUUUUUAAUCGCUUUUUUUUGGUCACUUUAAAACAUCGCGAUUUUGGCCGGGCCCGACCUGCCCGCCAGUUUUCGAGGUCGUUCAAAUUUACGUUUUCAGAGGCGGAAAAAUCAGAAGAAUAAUGGAGGAGCUCUUGGAUUACGAUCGGACUUCGCCGCAGAUCUGCGCUCUCGUCCCUCACACUGACUGAAUCAUUUCUGUUCCUUUAUUAGUUAUUGAUUAUUUGUAAACAUUAUUGGAGCUGUUUGAUUUUCCACAGUUUUAAUAACGUUGAGAGCUGCAGAAGUAAGAAGCGUGUUUGUUCCUGAUCGAUGACUUUGUUUAUAUAAAUGCUGGUCAGCGGCUGUAGAGGCGUGUUCGAGUCUGAACCUCAGUGAAGUCUGCUUCAGGUGGACCUCAUGGUGGUCCUGAAUCUGCUCUCUUUGCUCUGGUCUCCCUUCCUGCUGAAAUCAGGAUUAUCUAAACUCGGGUUUAAACUCGGGUUUGAGCUCAUUAUUAUUUUUGAACACCUGAAGUCUUUUCGUUGUUUUUAAACGUGUUUCACGAAGAAAAACCAGCUCGCUCUGACCGUCCCGGAGCUGCAGACCUGAGUGUGAGCGCAGAUCCAGAAGUUCAUGUUUCAUCAGGAUCUUCUUGACAUCGAUAAGUCUGUCUUUGAGCGCACUUCCUCAUGAGAGGAGGAAGCUGGUGAGGAAGUGAAGACCUUCAGUGAAAUAGAUGAAACUUCUUUAAACUCGUCGUCUUUAUUUCUUUGUUUCUCUGAGUUUGGCUCCUCGUUCAUCCGUCCGGUUCUCCUGCUGCGGUGGAUCAGGACCUGCUCUGCUGGUUCAGAUGUUGUCUCUUUAACAUGUUGGUGAAUUUUGGUGCUUCAGUGAAGAAUUGAAAGUCACUCUGUAUCACUUAUCCCUCCAUCAGAGACUUCACCUUCAUCAUCGUCAAAAGAAGAAGUGACUCUUGAGAAAUAUCCAUCACGCUUUUCUCCUCUCUUUGGCAGGAUGCCAGCGUACAACGCCAGCUUCGUCUUCGCCAUCUUCUUCAUCCUGUACAUCCUCGUCAACACCUACAUCUUCAUGUCGGUGUUUUUGGCCGUGGUCUACAACAACUACAAGAAAUACCUGAAGGUACGACACAUCACCUCUCCACAGGCUCCUCCUCCUCUUUAGAUCAUGAUGAACUUCAGGAGGUCCUCAGCCAUGACCGAAACUCCGCCUCCGUGAUGUGACCGUGAGGACGCCAAUCAUUCAGAGAUUUGGAGGGUUUGUCAAUAAUUUAAUCAAGUCGGACGGGUUCUUCUUCUCCAGAACCAUGCUGGUGUCAGAAUCUGGUUUGGGGUCAUCUGAAGGUCUCCUCUGAAAAAGUCCUGGUCUGGAUAAAAGUCAAUAAUAACUUUAUUUUUAUAACAAUAAUAAUACUACUAAUAACAAUAAUUUUAUUUUAUAAUUAUAAUAAUAAUAAGUUUAUUUUUAAUAAUAACAUUCAUAAUAAGAAUGAUAAUAAUAAUAAUAAUAACUUUAUUUAUAUAAUGAUAAUAAUAAUGACUAUUUUUAAAAUUAUAUUAACUUUAUUCUUAUAAUAAUAAUAAUGAUAAUAAUAAUAAUAAUAAUAAUAAUAAUAAUAAUAAUAACUUUAUUUAUAUAAUAAUAAUAAUAAUGACUAUUUUUAAAAUUAUAUUAACUUUAUUCUUAUAAUAAUAAGAAUGAUGAUAAUAAUAAUAUUAAUAAUAGCUUUAUUUGUUUAAUAAUAAUAAUUACUUUUAUACUAUUUUAACAAUAACAUUAUUCUCAUAAUAACAAUAACUUUAUUUAUAUAUCACUUUAAAAAACAGAAGUUUACAAAGUUCUUUGACAAACAGUCUUAAAGUUCAGAACAUGGAAAUAAAAACAAAUAAAACAAAAGCUCAUUGAAAAACAAGACCUCCGAAUUAAAGGAUAAUUUAAUUUGUUAUAAGAAACCCAGAAAAUACAAGAACCUCCAACAUAAACUGAGACCAUGAGACCAAAAUAAAAACAUGAAACAGUUAAGAAAGAGAAAUGUAAUAAAAAAGGAGGAAACAGGAAAGUAAAUAUAAAAGAGGAUAUUAAUAAUGAUAAUAAAAUUCAUUAAAAAAUAUUAAUAAUUAUAGUAAUAUUAAUGAUAAAAUGUAAUAAUAAAAAUGAACAGGAAAAAAAUCAAUAACAGAUAAAAAACAUCAUCACAUAAAAUCAAGUCUGUAAAAGAGAGUUUUUAAAGAAGCGUCUGUCUCUGCUGUUCGCCUUCUCUCCUCUGAUGGACAAAGAUCGAUCACCUUUAGCUCAGAGUCGCGACCCCUCUUGAUGUGACCUUGAGGGGUCAUGAAGGUCAUCCCUCUGAGUUCAGAAACAGUCUCAUGUUUUUUACCUGCCUUCAUCAGGAGGAGGUACGGCAGCUGGUGAGGGCCAAAAGGCACAAGAUGGUUCGGGCGUUCGCCGUGCUGCAGGAGCAGAGGGAGGAGGGGGCGGAGCCUGUGGUCAGCCAGGCCAAUUGGAACCAGGUGGUCCGACUGGUCCAGCCCGACAUCAGCAACGCCCACCGAGAGCUGCUGUGGAGCGUGUCCGACCACCAGACCCAGGGCUGCAUCGGUGCGAGCGUCACGCACGCACACACACACACACAUGCACACACACACACACACACACACACACACACACACACAUUAAACCAUCUUUAUUGUUCAAGAUACUCAAAGUAUAUUUUUACCCAUCAUGCAAAGCUCUGUGACAGUGGCGCCGCUGGGCGGGUGUGUUUGCAGCCUUUUUCACUCAGGCCCCCUUGAGCCUGUUGGAGUCAGUUUGCCCUCGUGGGCCACCGUAGAUCCACUUUAGAACUGAAAAGUCCAAAAGAGCUCCAGUUUUUUAUAAUCAAAGAAGUUUAUUUGAAACAAAAAUGAGACAAAGAAGAAAAAAAAGUUUCACUCUUUCAGUUUUUUCUGCUGACACACGGACGUUUACAAAAACAGAUUAAAAUAGUUCCUGUUUUCUGUCAUGGUGAUCGUAGAUGUUCUUAUCUGUGUCGUACAGUGACUCUGAAGGUCAACGACACGAGUUUUCCAGGAAGGAGAAAAAAGAGUUAUGAUUAAACACAAAAACAUUUUACAGAACAGACGAAAUAAACAGACAUAUUUUAUAAACACUAAAGGAAAUUUCAUAUUUCUGUGUUUUCAAACAUUAUUCAUGAUUUUCUUUAUUAUGUUUUAUUUAUUUUAUUUACGUUUUUAUUUUUUUUUGGUGAUUUUAUCCUUGAUUGACAGGACAGGGGUGACAUGCAGCUCAUGGUCGGGGUCGGACUCAAACCCUCGACUGAGAGUCAGAAUGAUAGAAAUGAUCAGUAAAAACUGUGAAUACGAGCUCAGACAUUUCAGCUGCUCUGAAUGUUGAUUUUUAGCCUCUCAGAUUAUUUAUAAAUGAGAUUAUUAAACUUCACGACAGAUUAUUUAAUCUGAUGACAGUGAUCUGCAGGAGUAUCUGGGUGAAUCGCUCUGUUUGUGCACCAUCACCUCCACCACCAUGACCACAGCAGCUCUGUGCUGCAGGGUCACAGAGGAAGUCAAACUCUGCUUCAUCAUCAUCAUCAUCAUCAUCAUCAUCAUCAGUGUGAGGAAACUGAGCCGACAGCAGUUUGUUCCUCCUGUUCUUCACCUUCCAAGAACCUCAAACUCCCUCAGCUGAAGCUCAUGUCUUCAUUCAGAGUUACUGUUCGUAUUAUUAUUGUAGAUUCAGACUUUAGCCCCGCCCACUUUAGUUUCAUUCAUUCAUCUUUAAUGAAGCUGUUCAGUGAUGUUUCCACUCGUCCUCCGCCUGUUUAUAUCCCACUGAACAGCUCCACCUGUGACCCCCGACCACACUGUUUGUAUCACUUAAAGGUGUUGUAGUCAGGAUCUGAGGAGGUUCCAGUUUUUAGGAGAAACCUUGAAUGUAAACUCUACCCCUCUAAACCAGUUUUCUCCUCAGCUCCUCCUCUCCCUCUCUUAAGCCCCGCCCACAAACAGAUGCUCCUGCUCGCUCGUAUCGUUCCAAUUAAAUUCAGAUAUAAUGCAGAUAAAUACUUCAGAUCAUUACAAAUGGGGCCCAGUCAAGGUGAAAGUCAAAAGCAUUGGUGCUACUGUAGAUGCCAACAGACUACCAGCAAACACAAUGUUUGCAGGACUUCUACUACGAGGAUAAAGAGACAUAGUCCAGGACCCGAGGGAGGACAGUUUAGCGAUGGCGCUACAACACGCUACAGCAGGUCCGUUUGACAAGAAACACUUCUGUUACAGACACUUGUCUUACUUUGUUAAAGCGGUUUACCUGUCCAGCAGAAAGGUUACAGGGUCACCAAGAUCCCCAAGCGUCCCCCAUGGUUUAUGUUGACCCGGCUUUUUAGCUCUUGUCCGGUCUACCUCCGUUUUAAGCGCCCGUUAUUCCUCCAGAGUCUCCGGUAUUUACUUUGUUUUCUUGCUUGUGUCGGCAGUCGUGGCCAAAGGAGGAUUCAGACAAUUUUCCGAACUUUCUGGUUGGUUUCUACUGUCCGAUAUUGUAGCACGCUAACUUUGUUUGGGCUCCUGAACGACACGGGGGAGCAGCAUUUUCUUGUUGACUGUUUUCUUGUUGCCUGUUUUGGUGUGGACUGUUUUCUUGCUGACUGUUUUUUGUUGACUGUUUUCUUGCUGACUGUUUUUUGUUGACUGUUUUCUUGUUGACUGUUUUCUUGCUGACUGUUUUGGUGUUGACUGUUUUCUUGCUGACUGUUUUGGUGUUGACUGUUUGUGGUUGACUGUUUAUGGUUGACAGUUUUCUUGUUGACUGUUUUUUGCUGACUGUUUCUUGUUGACUGUUUAUGGUUGACUGUUUUUUGUUGACUGUUUUCUUGCUGACUGUUUUUUUGCUGACUGUUUUCUUGUUGACUGUUUUCUUGUUGACUGUUUUCUUGUUGACUGUUUUCUUGUUGACUGUUUUUUGUUGACUGUUUUCUUGUUGACUGUUUUCUUGUUGACUGUUUUCUUGUUGACUGAUUAUGGUUGACUGUUUUCUUGUUGACUGUUUUCUUGUUGACUGUUUUCUUGCUGACUGUUUUCUUGUUGACUGCUUUGGUGUUGACUGUUUGUGGUUGACUGUUUUCUUGUUGACUGUUUUCUUGUUGACUGUUUUCUUGCUGACUGUUUUCUUGUUGACAGUUUUCUUGUUGACUGUUUUCUUGCUGACUGUUUUCUUGUUGACUGUUUUUUGCUGACUGUUUUCUUGUUGACUGUUUUCUUGUUGACUGAUUUUAGUUGACGUUUUCUUGUUGACUGUUUUCUUGCUGACUGUUUUCUUGUUGACUGUUUUCUUGCUGACUGUUUUCUUGUUGACUGUUUUCUUGCUGACUGUUUAUGUUUGACUGUUUUCUUGCUGACUGUUUUCUUGCUGACUGUUUUCUUGUUGACUGAUUAUAGUUGACGUUUUCUUGUUGACUGUUUUCUUGCUGACUGUUUUCUUGCUGACUGUUUUCUUGCUGACUGUUUAUGUUUGACUGUUUUCUUGUUGACUGUUUUCUUGUUGACUGUUUUCUUGCUGACUGUUUAUGUUUGACUGUUUUCUUGUUGACUGUUUUCUUGUUGACUGUUUUCUUGCUGACUGUUUAUGUUUGAGUGUUUUCUUGCUUGUGUCGGCAGUCGUGGCCAAAGGAGGAUUCAGACAAUUUUCCGAACUUUCUGAUUGGUUUCUACUGUCCGAUAUUGUAGCACGCUAACUUUGUUUGGGCUCCUGAACGACACGGGGGAGCAGCGUCUGCCUCACAACCAAUCAGGUUAGAGGAGGUGGAGAACGGCUUUGUUUACAGUCAGAAAGAGCGGACCGCUCAAAAAUGUUCAAAUGUUGACGACACAGACAGAAGAGAACACAGAGAUAUCGAUAUAUUACCAAAUAAUCAAUAACUAAUAACUAUUGACUGAUAUUAGAAGAGUUUUUGUAUUAAAACCACAAAAUAAAAAGAUGAUUCUUUAACAGUGAUCAAUACUUUCGUUCAAUAACCUCCGUCAGGUAAGGUGGAGUUCGUCCAGCUGGCCGAUCUGCUGAACAUCGAGGUCAUCACGCUCAAGUCCAGGCCACACCCCCUCAGCAAGUUGUGCCCCUCCCUCUACCUGUCCGCCCCAAGCCGCUUCAUCUGCUGGAUCGUCCAACACAAGUGAGACCUGGAGGAGGAUUACAGGGUCCCCCAAAGAGUUCAGACUCAAGUCCAGCUGAACCACAUCUGUGUGUGUGUGUGUGUGUGUGUGUGUGUGUGUGUGUGUGUGUGUGUGUGUGUGUUCCAGGGCCUUUGUGAUCGUGUACGACCUCAUCAUCCUGGUCAACGCCGUCUUCAUCGGUCUGGACGAGGAUAACCCGAUCAUCGCUAACUCGGAGUGGGGGUUCCUGACUCUGUACCUGCUGGAGAUCUUACUGAAGCUGUACGUGUUCGAACCCCGGGCCUUCUUCUCCAGGAACAGCUUCUGGAACUGGUGAGGAACCGCCCACAUCUUCAUGAACCUGUCUUUGACCAGUUAGUCUUUCAGGACGUCUGCUCCGCCUCUCGUGGUCAUGUGACAGCCAUGUCAGCGAGACGUUGGUGAGGACGAUCCAGUGGGAGUAGACCACUUCAGAACCAGGUUUUCUUCAAGGACCUGAAUGGUUUCUUAGACCAGUGGUGUACUCAGAGGGGGUCAGAGGGGGCGGGGUCCUCCCUGGUGCCCUCUUGGACACCCUUGAAGCAGAUCCACAGGAGAACGCGUCCCUGAAGCCCCUGAACAGGAAGUUAGGAUGAAAAAAACGGCGUGAUAGAUCAGCGCCGUACCCUCAGAGUAUUUUAGGAGUAUUUGGUGUAAACAGGGGUCUGAAUCCGGACCUGUGAAGAUCCUAGUCCAGGACACUUUUCUUGAUGGUAGGGGAAGAUCCCGCCUCCUUCGCCUCUGAUUGGCUAGAAAAGCUGGCCUUCGAUUGGUUCGAGCCGAGCGCGGGCUGUCGGCUCUGAACAUCGAACAGAACGUUAUCGUAACUCUGAGUCUCCUGAACUUAACGCUGCGUUGGAGUUUCCUCGGAGGUCAGAUGUCGGAGAUGAAAACGACGUCAAACCCGAGUUCAGCGUUUCAGUUACCAAGUCGGAAAAAAAAAGCAAAAUCGGAGGUUUGAAACAAGAUGGCUACGUCUACGAAAGUAACUUUAGCGCUCGCCUCAUAUUCGGACAAGGCUAGCGCUAAAAUAACUCGUAGACGUCGCCAUCUUGUUUCAAACCUCCGAUUUUGCUUUUUUCCGACGUCAUUUUCAGCUCCGACUCCUGACCUCUGAGGUUACUCGAACGCAGCACAACCUGACGACGGCGACGUUUCACUGCCAUAAAGAAUAACCAAUCAGAGCCCAGCACCUGUGGCCAAUCAGAGGCGAAGGAGGCGGGACCUUCCCCUGCCGUCCUUGGACUGGUCGUCUGUGAGAGCAGAGGUCCAAACUCUGGUUCUGAUGAUGUUGGUUGAAGCUGUUCUGAUGACCGUGCUGACUCCUCCCCCUCCUCUCACUCACAGUUUAUACGCCGCCCAGAUUAUCAGUAUGAGGUACGUGGAGAUGAUCACCUGUCUUUGACCCGUCUGCUGCUGCAGCUUCUUCAGCCUGUCAGAGCUUCAGCAGGUUCAUGGAGUUCUUCUGGACCCACAGGAGGAGAGCAGCUGCUGAGUUCUGGAGAACCGCCGUCUGAAAGAGUCUGAGAGAAAAACUGACACCUGAGCUCCACCUGUGGAUCAGGGAGUCCUUCAGACUCUUUCAGCCCCGUGUCUCGGUGCGAGUCCACCUGGACAGUCUGAUGCAGCAGGUCCCAGAGUGUCCUGACCUCUGACCUCUAAAGGUCCAAACCUCUAAGAGUUCACCUGUCCAAUCAGGACCAGGUCUCACACAGACAGACCAGAGCCUGCAUCAGACUGGACAGGAAGGACCUGCAGCGGUCUCCAGGCUCUUUUUGCUUCACUCUACAGUAGUGCGCCCCCUGCUGCUGAGGGACCUGACUCCAUCAGUCCUGGUUUAUGGCGUCCAGGUUUGCUCGCUGUGACGCAGAAACAGCUUUUUGUCUCUCAGCUGGUGCCGGUCCGGUUCGGUCCGGUCCGGUUCAGCUCCUCCCUUCUCUGUCUCUGAUUGGACCGUCUCUCAGGUUUGUUUUUCUACGUUUUCAGGUUUGACACCAUCAUCGUUGUCUCCGCUCUCGUCGCCACCAUCAUCAACUCUGCCGUCAAAACAUGUAAGAACCGUUAGUUUCUCUGUUGGCAUGACGACGCUCGUCUUUCCACGUUUGAUUCACGAUAAAACCUCAAAGUAAGAGUGAAGACUGAAGGACUGAUCUGGACCCUUCAGUCCUGAGAUUUCUGUAGACGAUGAACUCGGGAACUUUGGACUUUUUUACACUUUUCCUUUUCUGUCUCUGAAUAAACGUGUGUUGUGUGUCUGUUGUGUUUGUUUUCUCUGUUGUGUGUCUGUUGUGUGUCUGUUGUGUUGCAGCGGGGGGUUUUACCAGCCGUCAGAUCCUGGACAUCGUCUUCAUCCUGCGAGUCCUCAGACUGAUCCGGGUGGUGGACAGCAUCAAGAGGUCGGAGCUCGGACUGUUGUGCAGAUGUGUAGUUGUGUAGUUGUGUGUAGUUGUUUGAGUUGUGUGGUUGUUUGAGUUGUGUAGUUGUGUAGUUGUGUGGUUGUGUAGUUGUGUGGUUGUGUAGUUGUGUAGUUGUGUAGUUGUGUAGUUGUGUGGUUGUGUAGUUGUGUGGUUGUGUAGUUGUAUAGUUGUGUAGUUGUGUAGUUGUGUGGUUGUGUAGUUGUGUGGUUGUGUAGUUGUGUAGUUGUGUGGUUGUGUAGUUGUGUAGUUGUGUGGUUGUUUGAGUUGUUUAGUUUGAGUUGUGUAGUUGUGUGGUUGUGUGAAGUUCUUUGAGUUGUGUGUUGGUUGUGUAGUUGUGUAGUUGUGUAGUUGUGUGUAGUUGUUUGAGUUGUGUAGUUGUGUAGUUGUUUGAGUUGUGUAGUUGUGUAGUUGUGUGGUUGUGUAGUUGUGUAGUUAUUUGAGUUGUGUAGUUGUUUGAGUUGUGUGGUUGUGUAGUUGUGUAGUUGUGUGUAGUUGUUUGAGUUGUGUGUGGUUGUGUAGUUGUGUGUAGUUGUUUGAGUUGUGUGUGGUUGUGUAGUUGUGUGUAGUUGUUUGAGUUGUGUGUGGUUGUGUAGUUGUGUGUAGUUGUUUGAGUUGUGUGUGGUUGUGUAGUUGUGUAGUUGUGUGUAGUUGUUUGAGUUGUGUAGUUGUGUAGUUGUUUGAGUUGUGUAGUUGUGUGUAGUUGUGUGGUUGUUUGAGUUGUGUAGUUGUGUGUAUUUGUUUGAGUUGUGUAGUUGUUUGAGUUGUGUAGUUGUGUAGUUGUGUGUAGUUGUUUGAGUUGUGUGGUUGUGUAGUUGUGUAGUUGUGUGUAGUUGUUUGAGUUGUGUAGUUGUGUGUAGUUGUGUGGUUGUUUGAGUUGUGUAGUUGUGUGUAGUUGUGUGGUUGUUUGAGUUGUGUAGUUGUGUGUAGUUGUGUAGUUGUUUGAGUUGUGUGUGGUUGUGUAGUUGUGUAGUUGUGUGUAGUUGUUUGAGUUGUGUGUGGUUGUGUAGUUGUGUAGUUGUUUGAGUUGUGUAGUUGUGUAGUUGUUUGAGUUGUGUAGUUGUGUGUAGUUGUGUGGUUGUUUGAGUUGUGUAGUUGUGUAGUUGUUUGAGUUGUGUAGUUGUGUGUAGUUGUUUGAGUUGUGUAGUUGUUUGAGUUGUGUAGUUGUGUAGUUGUGUGUAGUUGUUUGAGUUGUGUGGUUGUGUAGUUGUGUGUAGUUGUUUGAGUUGUGUAGUUGUUUGAGUUGUGUAGUUGUGUGUAGUUGUGUGGUUGUUUGAGUUGUGUAGUUGUGUGUAGUUGUGUGGUUGUUUGAGUUGUGUAGUUGUGUGUAGUUGUGUAGUUGUUUGAGUUGUGUAGUUGUGUAGUUGUGUAGUUGUUUGAGUUGUGUGGUUGUGUAGUUGUUUGAGUUGUGUAGUUGUGUGGUUGUGUGUAGUUGUUUGAGUUGUGUGUGGUUGUGUAGUUGUGUGUAGUUGUUUGAGUUGUGUGUGGUUGUGUAGUUGUGUAGUUGUGUGUAGUUGUUUGAGUUGUGUAGUUGUGUGUAGUUGUUUGAGUUGUGUGGUUGUGUAGUUGUGUGUAGUUGUUUGAGUUGUGUAGUUGUGUGUAGUUGUGUGGUUGUUUGAGUUGUGUAGUUGUGUGUAGUUGUGUGGUUGUUUGAGUUGUGUAGUUGUGUGUAGUUGUGUAGUUGUUUGAGUUGUGUGUGGUUGUGUAGUUGUGUAGUUGUGUGUAGUUGUUUGAGUUGUGUGUGGUUGUGUAGUUGUGUAGUUGUGUGUAGUUGUUUGAGUUGUGUAGUUGUGUAGUUGUUUGAGUUGUGUAGUUGUGUGGUUGUUUGAGUUGUGUAGUUGUGUAGUUGUUUGAGUUGUGUAGUUGUGUGUAGUUGUUUGAGUUGUGUAGUUGUGUAGUUGUGUGUAGUUGUUUGAGUUGUGUGGUUGUGUAGUUGUGUGUAGUUGUUUGAGUUGUGUAGUUGUUUGAGUUGUGUAGUUGUGUGUAGUUGUGUGGUUGUUUGAGUUGUGUAGUUGUGUGUAGUUGUGUGGUUGUUUGAGUUGUGUAGUUGUUUGAGUUGUGUAGUUGUGUGUAGUUGUGUAGUUGUGUAGUUGUGUAGUUGUUUGAGUUGUGUGGUUGUGUAGUUGUUUGAGUUGUGUAGUUGUGUGGUUGUGUGUAGUUGUUUGAGUUGUGUAGUUGUUUGAGUUGUGUAGUUGUGUGUAGUUGUUUAAGUUGUGUAGUUGUUUGAGUUGUGUAGUUGUGUAGUUGUGUGUAGUUGUUUGAGUUGUGUAGUUGUGUGGUUGUGUAGUUGUAUAGUUGUGUAGUUGUGUGUAGUUGUUUGAGUUGUGUAGUUGUGUAGUUGUAUAGUUGUGUAGUUGUGUAGUUGUGUGUAGUUGUUUGAGUUGUGUAGUUGUGUAGUUGUGUGUAGUUGUUUGAGUUGUGUGUAGUUGUUUGAGUUGUGUAGUUGUGUAGUUGUGUAGUUGUGUAGUUGUGUAGUUGUUUGAGUUGUGUAGUUGUGUAGUUGUGUGUAGUUGUUUGAGUUGUGUAGUUGUGUGUAGUUGUUUGAGUUGUGUAGUUGUUUGAGUUGUGUAGUUGUGUAGUUGUGUGUAGUUGUUUGAGUUGUGUGGUUGUGUAGUUGUGUGUAGUUGUUUGAGUUGUGUAGUUGUUUGAGUUGUGUAGUUGUGUGUAGUUGUGUGGUUGUUUGAGUUGUGUAGUUGUGUGUAGUUGUGUGGUUGUUUGAGUUGUGUAGUUGUGUGUAGUUGUGUAGUUGUUUGAGUUGUGUAGUUGUGUAGUUGUGUAGUUGUUUGAGUUGUGUAGUUGUGUGGUUGUGUGUAGUUGUUUGAGUUGUGUAGUUGUUUGAGUUGUGUAGUUGUGUGUAGUUGUUUGAGUUGUGUAGUUGUUUGAGUUGUGUAGUUGUGUAGUUGUGUGUAGUUUUUUGAGUUGUGUAGUUGUUUGAGUUGUGUGUAGUUGUUUGAGUUGUGUAGUUGUGUAGUUGUGUGUAGUUGUUUGAGUUGUGUAGUUGUGUGUAGUUGUUUGAGUUGUGUAGUUGUGUGUAGUUGUUUGAGUUGUGUGUAGUUGUUUGAGUUGUGUGGUUGUGUAGUUGUGUAGUUGUGUGUAGUUGUUUGAGUUGUGUCUGUUCUCUCAGGUUUCGGACCAUCAUCAACACUCUGAUCCGGAUCGGACCGGCCAUCCUGACGUUCGGUCAGCUGAUCAUUGUGAGUCAGACACAGUUUUGUUGUGUUACUUUUUACACAGCUGAGCUUCAGGAAGGUCUGAAGGUGUUCUUACGCUGGCUCCGCCCCCUCAGGUGGUGUACUACAUCUUCGCCAUGGUCGGGAUGGAGCUGUUCAAAGGGAAGGUGAAGUUCUCCGAGGACCCGAGCGACCCGCUGAGGGAGUCCUGUGGAAACGCUCUUCUGAAAGGAAGCGUCUUCGCUCAACUCAACUACUGCAAGAACAACUUCAACAACGUGGUGUCCUCCUUCAUCCUGCUGGUGGAGCUCACCGUGGUCAACCAAUGGCACGAUAUCCUUUACCUGAACGCCUCAGAGUCCGAUACAUGUAGAGGUCCGAGUAUCGGGUCAGUCUGAAGACCUCUGUUUAGAUAAAGGUUCAGGGUCAGUCUGAAGACCUCUGUUUAGAUAAAGGUUCAGGGUCAGUCUGAAGACCUCUGUUUAGAUAAAGGUUCAGGGUCAGUCUGAAGACCUCUGUUCAAAUAAAGGUUCAGGGUCAGUCUGAAGACCUCUGUUUAGAUAAAGGUUCAGGGUCAGUCUGAAGACCUCUGUUCAAAUAAAGGUUCAGGAUCAGUCUGAAGACCUCUGUUCAAAUAAAGGUUCAGGGUCAGUCUGAAGACCUCUGUUUAGAUAAAGGUUCAGGGUCAGUCUGAAGACCUCUGUUUAGAUAAAGGUUCAUGGUCAGUCUGAAGACCUCUGUUCAAAUAAAGGUUCAGGUUCAGUCUGAAGACCUCUGUUCAAAUAAAGGUUCAGGGUCAGUCUGAAGACCUCUGUUCAAAUAAAGGUUCAGGGUCAGUCUGAAGACCUCUGUUUAGAUAAAGGUUCAGGGUCAGUCUGAAGACCUCUGUUUAGAUAAAGGUUCAGGGUCAGUCUGAAGACCUCUGUUCAAAUAAAGGUUCAGGGUCAGUCUGAAGACCUCUGUUUAGAUAAAGGUUCAGGGUCAGUCUGAAGACCUCUGUUCAAAUAAAGGUUCAGGGUCAGUCUGAAGACCUCUGUUCAAAUAAAGGUUCAGGGUCAGUCUGAAGACCUCUGUUUAGAUAAAGGUUCAGGGUCAGUCUGAAGACCUCUGUUUAGAUAAAGGUUCAGGGUCAGUCUGAAGACCUCUGUUCAAAUAAAGGUUCAGGUUCAGUCUGAAGACCUCUGUUCAAAUAAAGGUUCAGGGUCAGUCUGAAGACCUCUGUUCAAAUAAAGGUUCAGGGUCAGUCUGAAAACCUCUGUUUAGAUAAAGGUUCAGGGUCAGUCUGAAGACCUCUGUUUAGAUAAAGGUUCAGGGUCAGUCUGAAGACGCUCUCACACUGAAACUCUUCAGAUCCUGGUCCUGGUCUCUUCAGAUCUGGUCUUUCUUUGAGUCCUUAACGGGUCUCCACUGCUCAGCAGCGGCUUCACCGCCGUCACCCACGUGUCGGCCCGGAUCUUCUUCGUCCUCUUCCACAUCAUGGUGGUCAUCAUCAUCAUCAAGUAAGACCAGGACCCGGGUUCAUCUCUGCUCUGCAGGUUUUAACAUGGGGCUCUAUGGGGUCUGACUCACUGCAGGGGUGGCCUCUAGUGGUCACUAAAAGAACUGCAGGUUUUGGGAUUUUAAUGACGGUGUCAGUUCUCUGUAUCGGACGCUGGCGCCGUUCCUUGACCCGGUCCGCUCACUGCUUCCUGAUGUCUUUCAGCAUCUUCGUGGCGUUCGUCCUGGAGGCGUUCUUCGUGGAGUACUCGGUGGAUAAGAGCGACCUGCAGACGUCUCUGGAGAAGAAGAUCGAGGAGCUGGAGCUGGCCGUGGCGCAGUAUGUAGAUGAGCACAGCUCUGGUUUCAUACUGCUCUCUGAUUGGUUGAUAUUGUUCUUCAUGAAACUCAAACAUGUUAAUGAUUUUGGCGCCGGUUCAUCUGAGCAGGUGGAGCGAGCGCCGCUCAGACGGCGAGUUAGUAACCUCUUCAGCUGUCCUCUGUCCUUUAGAGCGAAGGUGGAGGACAACCUGGUGAACGCCAUGGAAACUGUUGACAACGACCUGGGAACUGGCCAAUCAGCAAACAGCAAACCCACCCUGAUGUUUAAAAUCGCUUCCAAAAGUAAGAACGGGUCCAAAGUGUUCUGUUCUGGUUCUGUUCUGGUUCUGUUCUGGUUCUGUUCUGGGCGGAUCCAAGGUCCAAAAUCUGAGUAUCUAACCUGAACCGACCCUCCGAGACUCCUGAUUGGCUGUGUGUGUUUCCUGUCAGGGUAUCGGACCGUGGACGCUCUGCUCCAGCGGAUGUUCGAGGCCGAUUUGGACCCCGAGGACUUUGCUGAGACGGACGACCCCGAAGCCACGACCAACGGAAACUUCAGUAACCCGACGUUCAGCGCGGCGUAA